AUGGAUUUGCAAGCUUGUUAUGUAAUUAUCGGGGGAGGCAUUGCUGGUGUCUCGUGUGCAGAAACUUUGACCACACUGACCAAUGAGUCAAUUCUACUUAUAUCAGGCUCUGAUGUAGUCAAGGUCACAAGAAACGUGAACCAACUCACUGAAGCACUAACGCAGUUUGAUGUGGAAGACCAAAGUGCAUCAGAGUUUGAAUCAACCUUCCCAGGACUUGCAGUCUCUACUGGAGUCACCGUAGUGACAUUGAACCCUGAAUUAAGAGAGCUGAAAUUGAGUGAUGGUCGAGUUGCCAGAUAUGAAAAAGGAGUAUGUCUUUGUGUUGGCGCUUCACCAAAAACUCUUGAUGGCGCUGAAAGUGCUGAAAACCUUGUUUUCACCCUCAGAGAUAUGGAGUCAGUUGCGUCACUCAUUGAAAAACUGAAAGAUGCCCGCAAAGUUGCCGUUGUUGGAAAUGGUGGCAUAGCCACUGAACUUGUUUAUACUUUAAAAGGAGUUCAGGACAUGGUUUGGGUUGUCCGUGACAAGCACAUCUCUGCUGCUUUUGUGGAUCCAGGGGCAGCACAAUUUUUCAUCAAUUCUGGUGGUUUAACUGAAGCAGGUCAGAAGAAGGGGGCAACAGUGAUCAAACGGCUCACAUACCAAUCACAGAAUGGAACGAAGAAAGAGUGCCAGGGAGCCGCUCUUGGCCCUGACUGGCACACAAAGUUCAAAGUUGAGGGUCCUAAUGGUGAUAAGAUGCCUAACAUCCACAUUGAAUAUGAAACAGAAGUUAAGAGGAUCAUAAAACGAGGAGAAACUGGCUUCCCAGCAGAGCUCAAUAAUUGGCCAGUAGUGCUGGAGUUGACAAAUAAAUCCUUAAUUGGUUGCGACUUGGUUGUAAAUGCCAUCGGAGUUUUGCCAAAUUGCAAGAUGUUUGAUGGAGUGCUAGAUAUGGCCAGUCCUGAGCAAGGCUCUGGCAUCAAAGUUGACAAGGCAAUGAGAACAUCUGCAGAUGGCGUGUUUGCUGCUGGCGAUGUCAUAUUUGCCAACUGGAUGAAGGAGAAACACUGGUUUCAAAUGAGGCUCUGGACGCAAGCUCGACAAAUGGGCUGUCAGGCUGCAAGAGCAAUGGCCGUUCCCUCAAGCGUUUCCAUGUUCGACUUUAGUUUUGAGAUGUUUGCGCACGUGACUAAGUUCUUUGGAUUCAAAGUGGUUCUUCUUGGACUUUACAAUGGCCAAAAAAUGAAUCCCGGAGACUGGGAGGCUUUGCUUAGAGUCACGCCUGGAAAAGAAUUCAUCAAGCUAGUAAUAGCGAAUGGAAAAGUGCAGGGAGCAGUGUUAAUAGGGGAGACAGAGUUAGAGGAGACGUGCGAAAAUUUGAUUCUUAACCAACUUGAUGUAAGUGCACUGGGCGACGAUUUGCUAAAUCCCGACAUUGACAUAGAAGACUAUUUUGAUUGAAAGUAAUGAAAAUAAAUAUCAGUCAGUUUAAUUAAAAAA